CGAGCUGGUUGUUUUUAUUGUGGCGGUUGGCUAGUGUUUUUUUUGUGUCUUUUUUAAUUCGGGAACUGCGCCCAUUUAUUAGAUUGAUUGUAAUAACAUUCUUAGAAGAGUUAUCACCGGUGCAUAAUGUUGAUUUAGCUAAACAAUCACACUAAUUUAGCAUCAGAGCGUUGAAAACUUCUUCGAAUACGUACACAAGCAGAACAAAGAAAACAACUUAAUCGGUUUCAUCAUACCUAUAACAACUGCUUAGAAGUUUUAGGAAAAAGCUAGAUGUGUUUCCUUUAAAUUUAGCGAAUUUAGUGAAAGUUGAGGUAAAAGUUUCGAUUGCAUUUAACUACGGAAAAAUUGCGUGUUGUUGAGACGCGCGCCCAGCCAAAAGAAGGAAGAAAGUUUUCGAACGUGUGUGUGUAUUUACUACUACGUGCUGCAAAAGAAGUGAAGUGGCGUUAUAUUUAUAAAAAGCCGUCGCGAAAAAUGCGAAUGAUGGAAGUUUGUUAGAGCAGUACUGCUUGCUACUGCUGCUGGCCUAGACGCGGCAUGAAGAAAUUAUUCAAUCGUUUCGUCAUCACAAUUCAUUGAGCAAAUAAAGGACGUGUAAACCAUUUGCGGCACAUACGAACGAGUACGUAGAACGGUUCCAACGAGGAAACACUGCACGAGGCUGAGCGUGAAAUCGAUCGUUAUCUUGAGUUGAGCCAAGGCAUCACCGAAUAAACAAACAACCGCACACUCAGAGUUCAGAACCAUCGGCGAUAGAAGGCACGAUCAUCAGUCAGUGUGAACAAAGAAGCAAAACUGUGAAGCUUUACUGCUUGCCUAGUAGCUCAGCGAUGACUGUUAUCAACAAUAUAGAAGGAAGUGCAGUAUGCAUAAAGCGUCAGUUCUGAAUAAUUGAAAAAUUACAGCACUCGUAACAACUGCUCGUCGGAGAGAACGAACAACUGACAAGCUUUUUACAACACAGUCAGUGAAUGUUCUUUCUUCCUGCUUCACUUUCGUUUCGAAUCGCGUGGAAUAAAGCACCUCAGUCAGUAGUUAGUCGUUCAGUAGCAGCUCAGUCAGCUUUACCAAUACCAAUCGACUAGCGACUAGUUUUAGUAGUCUAUCGGAUCACCCCGAGCGGAGUUAGCUGGGGGUAGUAUUGAUUGGUGUUUGCGUCCGAUCGAACUCAAUCGAUCGCAGUCUGCGCUGACUGACUCACGACCGGACCGUUCGUGAUCCUCCGGACACAGCAGUGAUCUCUGAAUCGCACGUGUGCGUGUUUCUUCGUUCCACGCGAGAAAAAUCUUUUAUGAAUGAAACAAGCAAGCAGCUGGCAGUGACCGCGUCGGCAAAAUGUGCACGGAGGCACGAAGCAAUCGGGUGUGAUUGAAUUGAUAUUCGCGAAGCAGAAAAAUACUUGAUUUGUGAAGGAAUGUGAAUAGUCAGUCACACAUGCAUUUAAUCGAAGCGUUUUGAAGGUGGUUGUGAUUUUUUUGUGGCUGAAGCUGAAGCGUAUACGUACAAAAUAAGUCGGUUCAAAUUAAGAAAAAUGAAACCUGCACGACUGAUAGAGUUUAGGACACUAGGAUUAGGUUUGGUCCUGAGUGUAGUGCUCGUAGCUGGUCAGUUAGAUAAGGUGGUAGUGGAUGAGGAGCUCGAAGGGCCGAAUGUUUGCAAGGAGGUGGAGCAAUUCCAGCUGUUCGUGACAGCGCCUAGGGAAAUCACCUACCAGGAGCGGUACCAGAAAUGGUGCCUUGGAGUUCCGCCCCGCUGUUCGGCGUACCGGGUGAAAACUAAGAUCGUAAACGAAACCAGCAGCGUUACGAAGGAGCGAAUACUGAAGAAGUGCUGCGUCGGCUACGAGAAGAACGAAGCAGGUGAUCGGUGCAUACCGGUUUGCAGCAAAGGUUGCAAGCAUGGCGAAUGUAUCGCGCCCGAGGAGUGCCGCUGCGACCAGGGAUACGUCGGAAAGACAUGCAAUAUAAAUUGUCCACCGAUGCGCUGGGGUUCGGACUGCAGCCAAACGUGCGAGUGUAAAAACAACUCCACCUGCAACGCUCAGGAUGGCCGGUGCAACUGCCAGAAGGGUUACCGGGGAGUGUACUGCGAGUUCCAGUGCCCUGCGGAUCGGUUCGGUCAGGAUUGCAGCGAGAUCUGUCAGUGUCUGAAUGGGGGCAAGUGCGACCCGAUAUCGGGCGAGUGCUAUUGCGCUCCCGGAUUCACCGGACCAUUGUGUGCUCAAAAAUGUCCGGAAGGCAAACACGGUGAGCAGUGCCGGUCGGACUGUCGGUGCCAGAAUGGAGGAAGCUGUGAUUCGCAAACGGGUGAGUGUGUAUGCCCACCCGGCUAUACGGGGACGGUGUGUGCUAAUCGCUGCCAGGGUCAACGGUAUGGACUGAAUUGUGCUGAAAAGUGUGAGUGCUUCAACGGGGCUGAUUGUAACCAUAUUACGGGCGAAUGUAUCUGCGCUCCUGGGUUUAUGGGUGCCAAGUGUUUGGAUUCGUGUCCGACUAAUGCGUACGGCAUAAACUGUACCGAAACUUGCCGCUGUCUGAACGGAGCCGAGUGCGACUCGGCUACCGGGGUGUGCACCUGUUCGGCCGGCUGGACCGGAGCCGAUUGUGGACUACGCAUCUGUCCCGACGAUCGAUUUGGCGAGAGCUGCAGCGGCCAGUGCGAAUGCAAUGCUAAAAAUACUAAAAUGUGCCAUCCCUGGAGCGGAAAGUGUCUUUGCAAGCCAGGAUGGAGCAGCGCUUCGUGCGACCGGCCGUGUCCUUUCCUGCGCUACGGACAGGAUUGCCUUAUUCACUGCAACUGUAAAAAUAACUCACCAUGCAGCCACAUUGAUGGAUCCUGUAAUUGCAUCGCCGGUUUCAUGGGAGAAAACUGUGAAGAGCAGUGCAGAAACGGAACCUACGGGCAGAACUGCAGCGAGCAGUGUGAGUGCAUGAACGGAGCCACUUGUUCGGCCGAGAGCGGUCAAUGCUUCUGUGCCCCCGGUUGGCAGGGCAUCCGCUGUGAUCGACCGUGUGACACCAAUUACUACGGCAAGGAUUGCACUGAACGGUGCAUGUGCAACAAUGGUGGCGUUUGCAAUCCCGUAAAUGGGCAAUGUAAGUGUCCUGCCGGAUGGACAGGAGAACUGUGCGAUAAGAAGUGUGAUUCCGGCCGAUUCGGACAAAACUGUUCGCAAACUUGCGAUUGCCAUCUGGAAAACACGCUGGCGUGCAAUACGACCACCGGCAAAUGUAUCUGCAAAGCGGACUGGGGUGGUGUCCGCUGCGAGAGCCGCUGCCCGCUGGGUUACUACGGCGAGUCGUGCGAUGAAAUCUGCACCUGUCACAACAAUUCAUCGUGCGAUCCGAUCAGCGGCGAGUGUAUUUGCUCCCGCGGUUGGACCGGACCGACCUGUACCGAUCCCUGCCCGGAAGGGUUCUUCGGUCACGGUUGCAUGGAACGGUGUCCCGGCUCGAAGACGGGCAAUUCGUCGUGCGAUCACAUCACCGGAAAGUAUACCUGUCGGCCGGGUUAUAUUGGGACUACUUGUGAGCAUCCUUGUCCGUUCGGUACGUACGGUAUCGAGUGUCGGUUGAAUUGUACUUGCCAGAAUGGUGGGGAGUGUUCCCAUGAGACGGGAAUGUGUCAGUGUCCACCCGGUUGGACGGGACCGAACUGUAAGGAGGUGUGUCCGAAUGGAUUCUAUGGGCCGAAUUGUAGUCAAAAGUGCAACUGUAAGAACAAUGCUCGCUGUCGGAAGAAUGAUGGGCAGUGUAUUUGCGAUCCUGGUUGGAUGGGUAAUCGCUGUGAUGAAGUUUGUCCGGAGGGAUUCUACGGAGAUCACUGCAUGAAGUCGUGCGAAUGUCCGGCCGGAAAUUUUGCCUGCCAUCCGGCGAAGGGAUGUGUUUGCAGUUUGGGCUUCUAUGGGGAGAAGUGCGACAAGUCACGGCACGAGGCUAAGAUUCAGGAGCAGGAUGAAGCCUCAAACGCCGGUCUUGCCUGGGGCCUAGUGCUGGCGGUAAUCUUAGUCGGCGUCAUCGUUGCGCUCGUCUUGUACUACCGUCGCCGGGUGGCGAAUCUAAAGGCCGAAGUGAAUCACGUCGUCAACUAUAUGAUCCAGGAACAGCCCGGACAUUUCGAUAAUCCAGUCUAUUCGGCCUAUCAGGGUCAACCGGGCUCCGGCGCCGGUCAACCAAUCAACCAACCAAGCAAUGGAAUGCUACCGAACGGCUCACUGAUCAGAAACAACCUGAGGAAUCCGAAGUCGAACCUGGAUAAAUAUCGCUAUCCGGAGAAUGAAUCUGUUGGAAGCGACCGGUCUUAUUCCAUACAGUUUCUUUCGGAAAGCCAGAAGAACUUUGAUGCCGACCUGACCAAUCCAAAUUACAACACAAUCGACGAUAAAGACCACGUGUAUGAUGAAAUCAAGCACAAAGAUGGUUACAAAGAUCUCGACACUGAGUACGAUCACCUGGACUACUCCCGGCCGGGCAGUUCGCACAAGACGCACUACUUCCGGAUGAACAACCCGCUGUCCGAUUCACCGAAGCAAAUCAACGUGCUGCGCGAGAACGGCACCACCAUCAACAAUCUAUCCUCGCCCGGGCUAAGCAGCCGGCUACCGCUCGUUCCUCCGCCGCUGCUGCUCACCGAUGGCGGCGGUUCGUCGUCGUCUAACUCGUCUCCGACGCCCCCACCGCAGCGCACUGCCAAUAGCCCGGUGCUGGGGCCGGAUAGUAGUAAUUUGUACGUAAAAAUGUCCUCGGAAGGCUCUUCGCCGGCACUGAGCGAACAGGAGCUCAACACCAGUGGCAGUAAAAUGGCCGAUCUUCAGCUCAACAUUAAGUGAGUAUUUCCCCUCCAAACAAAACACGAAAACUAUCAGUCGUAAUUUUCAAGCAAUAAUCGUGAGCUCAAAUGCUAAAAAUCAAUUAUAACUAGGCAAAAGUCGCGAUAGUUUUUCAUCCUGCGCUUUAGUUCAGUUCAGUACGUUGCGAGGUUUUAUUAUUUUUUAUCCUUUUAUGAUUGUGAUAUUAAUUGAUUGAGUGUUGUUGUAUUUGCACGUGUAUGAUAUAAUUUAAAUGUAAGCCUAAUCGUGUUCUGCUGAUAAGCCGGCGGAAAUAAGAAUCUUUACUAGACUGCUAGGAAUGAGUUAAAAAAAAACGAAAACAAACUAAUCAUGCUUUUCCCUCGAGGACUCGAGGUUGAGCAUAAAACAGGAUUGUGCCAAAAAGUCACUUGCUCUAUGCUCUAUUUCAUGAUCAUUAAGAUACGUAACCACUGCGCGCGGAGAUGAUACGCCAACAAGUAACUGAUAUAAUAUUACCUAUUUACAACACUCAUCGACAUAUUGUGGAAUGAUAUUUUAAAAUCUAGUGAACGAAAAUUGUUAUCCGAUGCGUGCGGGGGAAGAUUUCAAUCGGUUUUCAAACGUAAUAGUAUAAACCCCCCUCCCCAUCUCUAAAGUUUAAAAUGUUUAUACCUUUAUAUUCGUAGGAAAAUGACAGAAUAGAUUCACAUACAUAUUUAUAUGCAUUUGGCAAAGCAUGCAAAACAAUCCUUCUCAGAGCAAUUCAUUUUUUACAUGUUAAUAAUGGCGUUACUGAUAUGUACGUAUUAGAACAGAAAUUUUAUAUUAUAAGAAUCCUAGAUCUUA